AUGGAGCGGAUUCAUCAUAACAAGAUAUUGACAAUCGUCACUUGGUUGUUAUCACUCAUCGUCUCAAUCUACUAUACCUUCAAUUCACCCCAGGACGGCGUCUGGCCUCGCCGGAAAAUAUGGCACCAGAACUAUGCGUAUCACACGGCGUUCCGGAUGAACCAUAUUAUCGCUAGCAUCUAUUGGAUAGUACUAUUCGUUCUUCAGGGCGUCUACAUCGCUCACCUUUUCUCCGGCACCGUCGAGCGUGUGAACGAAGCAUGCUCGGUGGGAAGCCACUUCAUCUUGAAUAACCUGUUACACUUCGCCUUCGUGAUGACCUUCGUGCGCUCGCUGUUCGGCUGGGCCGAGCUGUUCAUCAUUCUCAACUUCAUUAAUCUGACUUCGCUGUACUUCCGCCAUCACGGGUACGCUCGCUUCAUCCACUACCCCGUGGUCUCGGGGCCGCUGGCGUGGACGUUCGUCGCGAUUUACUGGAACGGCGCGAUCAUGGUUCCUCACCCGGAUUCGUUUGUUGCGCGUAUCUUUGGUAACAUCUUUAUCUGGUCGAUCCUGGUGUACGGCCUGUUUUAUAUUGUUAUCUACAAGGAUUACACCAUGGGCUUCAACCUGAGCGUCCUAGCAGCAGCGAUUGGCGUGUCUCAGUUCCUGCGACAGGUUAUUGCGUUCCAGUGGAUAUUCGCCUUCAUUAUUAUGGCAAUUCUCUUCGUGGCAACUAUUGUAGUUGCUGUGCCUGCUAAAUACACGUCGGCGCGCAAUGGUGAUACCGAACGAGCUCCGCUCCUUGGUGAGAAUUACUCCUCAUGA